AAGAAAAAUAAUAAGAAAUUAUACCUUCCAAAGGGCUCAUGACAUACUAAAAUACUAUGAGCAACCAAUCCUCAAUUAAAAGGACAGCAACAAAAAACAUUACUACUCUCUAUUAAGACACCAACCGCUAUGCCCAUGACUAAAGAUUCUAAAUUUUUCUUCUUCAAAAACUACAAAAAUAUCAUUCUUACGCAUCUACAAUUUAAUUUGAAUUUUGACCAAUCAAACUUGCCUGGGGAAUCACAAGAUUACCAAUCUCUUGCAUCCACCAUAUACACCUACUAAACUCACUAAAAUUAAAAACCCAAACAUUAAAAUAAGCAAAAGUUCAGUACUUUGCACUGAUCUAAGCAUCUUUACCUUUCAAUUAUAUAAUAAUCUCAUUAUAAACCCACCAAACAUUGACAAAUCUCAAACCUUUAACCCCCUAAAAACAACCCUUCAAUCAUCAAUGGCCGCCACCCAAACAUACCUAGCAGAUCUUCAUCCGCUUCGUUGUCUUCCAACUCCACUCAAGAUCCAAAACCCACAAAACCAAUGCCAUUACUUCAAACAAAAAUCAACAAAUCCAGUUAUAUGCAAGCUUAAAGCAGCUGUUAUCGGCGGCGGCCCAGCUGGUUCCUCAGCUGCAGAAGCUUUAGCCGCCGGCGGAAUCGAAACUUACCUCUUUGAACGUAGCCCAGCUACAGCCAAACCAUGCGGCGGCGCUAUUCCACUAUGCAUGCUCGAUGAAUUCUCAAUCCCGUUGCAUCUCAUCGAUCGUCGUGUCACUCAGAUGCGUAUCGUGUCUCCGUCGAAUCUCGUCGUCGAUUUCGGCAAAACCCUAAAACCUCAUGAGUUCAUCGCCAUGCUCCGGCGAGAAGUCCUCGACUCAUUCCUCCGGCAGCGCGCCGAAUCCAGCGGCGCCACUUUACUCAAAGCCCUAGUUACCAACCUUGUGGUCCCUACAUCCUCACGUGAGCCUUACCUCAUUCAUUACAUCAUGGAUAAUUGCCGACGUCAGCUCGCUGUCGAUGUCGUCAUAGGUGCCGACGGAGCUAAUAGCCGUGUGGCUAAAUCGAUCAAAGCUGGAAAUUACUCUACUGCCAUUGCUUUCCAAGAGAGGAUCAAAUUGCCCGAGGACAAAAUGGGGUAUUACGAAAACUUGGCUGAGAUGUACGUAGGGAAUGACGUGUCACCUGAUUUUUAUGCGUGGGUGUUUCCCAAAUGUGACCACGUAGCAGUGGGGACGGGUACGGUUUGCUCUAAAGCCGAUAUUAAAUCACUUCAACGUGGUAUUAGAGCACGAGUCAGAUCAAAAAUCGAGGGUGGAAAAGUGAUUAAAGUGGAGGCUCAUCCCAUACCAGAGCAUCCCCGUCCUAUUAGGGUACGUGGACGGAUCGCUCUGGUAGGGGAUGCAGCAGGAUACGUGACGAAAUGUUCGGGGGAAGGAAUAUAUUUUGCGGCAAAAAGCGGAAGAAUUUGUGGGGAAGCAAUAGUGAAGGCUUCGGAAGGUGGAGAAAAGAUAAUCAAUGAAGACGAUUUGAAAAGGGAAUAUUUAAGAAAAUGGGAUGACAAGUAUUUUACUACUUUCAAGUUCUUGGAUGUGUUGCAAAAAGUGUUCUAUGGUAAUAAUGCAGCAAGGGAAGCAUUGGUGGAGUUGUGUGGAGAUGAAUAUGUGCAAAGGAUGACAUUUGAUAGCUACUUGUAUAAGAAAUUAGCUAGUGGCAAUAGAUGGGAAGAUGCUAAAAUGGUGAUGAACACAAUUUCAAGUUUGGUUAGGUGUAACAUUAUGGGGCGAGAAGUGGAAGCAUCUGCACAAAAAAUUCUCUCACGAGUAUAGGUUAUCCUAGUAGUCAAAUAUUUCAAAUGUAGGAAUAAAAUUUGCCUAUAUCAUAUUCUAUCGGGGCUCAGGAUUGCAUGGAUUUGUCGUCAUUGGUUAUGUUUAUUAUGACAUUUGUUGUAUCAUGUAUGCGUAACAAAGCUAAUCUCUAUGUAUGUGUUUUCAUUAAAUGUUAUUACCUUUAUUCAAAUUUAGAAAAAAACUCAUUA